AUGGCGAAUUGCGCCGCGCCGCACCGCGUGCACCUCCAAUCGUGGCCGGCGCUGGAGGGGCAAUUUGGCGAGAUGAUCUUUUCACCAGUGGCGCAGAGCUUGGAGGAGUUGGCGCGGUGCCCAGACGAUGCCCAGGCUGACACGGUCGCCCAGGGCAUGCAGGCGUUGAUCACCAGGCUGGACUUAGACUUCCUCGGCCCGCAUUACACGCGGGUCUUGCUGCGCCAUAUGGGGUGCGUCGACCCGGCCUCCUUCGCGGCGGAGGAGGGCCGCGCCAGCGCGGCGGGGGAGCCUGCGGGCGCGCCGCGCGACGAGGAGGAG